UACUCGCUAUAGUGAAUGGGUGUUUACAAAGUCGACAAUAUGGCGUCCACACGUUGGAAAGUUAAUAAAUUAAAUUGUAAUUGUAAACAUUCUACCGCUGUUAAACUAAUUGAUUAAGUGAUGAAGUUAUUGUAAAAUGAAGAAUUACAUGAUUAACGGAGGGUAAAAAAAUUAAUAAAAGGGUCAAAAAGCAUAAGAUACCGUCAAGCAUGGGCUGAGUAUUUUUCGUUCGAGGCCAAGAAAAAUCAUCAACACCAGGAAAGGUGGACAAAAAAUUUAAUUUUCAGAUAAUAUUAAUAUUAUUGCACAAAGUAUUAAAAGCGUGUCAUUACUCUGGUUGGAAGCUCUGUUGAAAUUAAAAUCCUAAGUGAAAAAACUGAUCCUCAUAGGGGAAGGUAAUGCUUAAAAGAAUGUUGUAAUUUUUACAUCCGGCCACUUGUUGGAUGAAAUAAACAACAGCUGAGAAAUUUCAAGAGGAGUACCAGCAACCCGAUAACCAUCAGAAUUCGCCAUUUAAUCCAAAUAGAUGAAGAAAAAGAAAAAUUUCAAGUAUCGAAAAAUUAUGCUAAGGCACCACCGGAAAUUAAAAACUGACAGAAAUGAAAAAUAUUGUUUAUUCAAAAAUGGCCAAAAUUUUUAAGGCGGGGAAGGAGUAUCCAGCAGAUCAGCUGGAUUUUUUCAGAGACUUAGACAAGUACGAAUUAGCGACAAACCAUAUACUCGUUUCAUACGAGACCAGAACCGAGAAUGCUGUCCAAAACCGGCGAGUCCACAAGACUGGAGACCCGAGCUGGAAUUUAUCCGAGGCCGUUUACCACUGCGUUAGAGGUAUUAAGAAAAGCUCUCCUAAGGAAAAUCAUGAUAAUAAUAGGCAAUACUGUCCACUGAAGCUCAAGAUACGAAUGAAUGGCCAGCAAGAUGCAUUAGUCGUUAAAGAGUGGAAUCAUCAUCACAACCAUGAUCCUCCAAAGAUAAAAAAAAACAAAAAAUCGUGGGAGAAGAAGUGCAAGGACCGGAUAAAUGGCAAUCAGAAAAAGGGGAAGGGGAAAGGACAAAAAAAAGAAAGGACACUGGAAGAGGAAAUUAUAGAGAACUAUUUAGAUACAUUGAGAAAAAAUUUAAAUUCAUCAGUGGACACACUGAAAGAAAAAUUAAAGCUAUUAAAGGAAUGUGGAAAGAAAAUAGCGGAAUUGGAUGGAAAAGAUUUAGAUUUUAUAAAUAUUGAUUCUGAAGACGACGACGGGAAAAAGUCGGAACAGUUAGAAGAUGAAAAAGAAGAGGAAGAAAUGUCAGAUAGUAAUGAACAAACGACAGAAAUUGAUAAAGAAAGUGAUUAGAACAAUAAAAGGAAGGGAGAAAAGAGAAAACUGAAUCAAAAUAAAAAAAGAGUUACAGAAAAUAAGAAAAACAAAGGGGAAGGAAAUGAGAAAACAGUAGAGGAAAAGAAAAGAGAAGAAAAAGAUGAAGGACAAACAGAAUCAGGUGAAAAGGAAAUUUUUAAAGAAAUUGAGGAAAAGAAAGAAGAAGAAAAAGAUGAAGGACAAACAGAAUUAGCUGAAAAAGAAAUUUUUAAAGAAAUUGAGGAAAAGAAAGAAGACGAAAAAGAUGAAGGACAAACAGAAUCAGGUGAAACGGAAAUUCAUAAAGAAAGUGGAGGUAUUAACCUGAGCGACAUGGAGAAUAUGGUAACGUUGAAAAAUAUGUUGGAAAAUCUAGUAGGACAAGAAAUAACAGCAAGGUGUGAGACGGGAUAUAUAGUUUCGAAAGAAGAUUCGAGAGAAAUAAAUGAAGGGUUGUUGGAAUUUUUGAGAGAAAAUGCGACCAUAGUGGAAGGAUUAGAAAAGAUGGUAGAACCUGAAGUUCUCCAACAUUUAAAUUUUUUAAUACAUAAUGGUGCAAUCUGAUUAACAGUAAGAAGUCGAAAAAGGCGUGGAAGUUAAGAAUGUUAAAAAUGUACAAAAAAAUUAAAAAACAAAUAAAAUGUCACCAUAAAAAUUG